UCACUUUUCAUUUGUCUACGUGAAGUUGAAAUAUAAAACUCAAAAAAAAAAAAAAUCAAGAUGAAGCGAGCUCGUCGUCCGAAUACAGCUAACAACAAAUCUUUUGUUUCCGGCGGGAUUUACCGCACAAUAUGAGAGUUUUUGCGUCAGAUAGCAAUGCCCAUUUACUUCACCGAAAGUGCCCGAAACGAGACGCCGGCAAUGAACACGACCAAGGACCGAAGGAUCCUUUUCCCCGCGGCAAUCCAUAUUCAACUCUAUGUAAUUUGGGCUUUUUCUAACCUAGCCGAUUUGCAAAAUAUUCGAGACUUAUUUUUACAGGAUUAAACAAACCUUUAACUCUUACUAAAGAGUUUUAUCAUGAAUUUUAUAAAAAAAAAGUAAUACUUAUUGUGUUAUGAACCAAUAUUUUUUUUUUUUUUUGCGAAAAAUUGAAUUUUGGGUGAUGUUUGACCCUAGCAAUUUAAAGUCCAAUUCAAUUGUUUCCAAUUUUGCCUUCCAAUUCACUACUAACCAUAAGUAAUAAUUUCUCUAUGAGAAGAGUAUCAUACAAAUUUGUUUUUAAAUAUAAUGUAAAUGGUUCAUCAAAAUUUAAGGAUAUACACUGAGCAAAAAUGAAAUGAGGUUGCUGAGUGCUAGUGUCAGUCAAUCCAGAGUCCUUGGUCGGAUGCAAUGAGCGGAGAACCCACAGUGGCUGGGCACGUGGCUCCGUCGGUGCAGAGCUUCGUUUCGGGGCACUCGGGUCGCAGAAAUGGCCAUGGCUAGUUCCUGAACUAUGGUUUUUAGUAUAUCAGCCGACCAGCCUGACACUUCCGUGUAACUUGACGACUUGAUGGUUUCCGUUGGCCAGCGAGUCUCUUUUUUGUUAGCACACUGGAUUAGCCCGCUGCAAGUGAUUUUGUCCAGGGGAACCAAGCGACGAAAACUCGUUCCCUUCACCCACUAAUCAGCUAAUGAAACUCUUUUGCAAACCCAGAAUCCCAGUGCCAGCGUCAAGCCCUUGAUCCAACCGCCAUUGCAGGGCAAUAAUAAUGUCCAGGAGCAGCAGGCUCCUCCGCCACCGGCUCCUGUCCCAGUUCCCACUGCAGUGGCGUCCUCGCCUGUCCAGUCCAAGAAGCCGGAUGCGGCCGCCAUCGCGGCCAAGCUGCCCACGCCCAUUAUCGUCAAGGAGGAACCGGCGGAGAUGGCCAAUGAGGAACCGGAACCCAGGGAGGAGCUUUCCAUCGACAUCAGCGAGGAGAAUGGCAGCGGCCACGGCAUCAGCCACGGCAUCGGCGGAAAGAUUCCCUUUAAGAAGAUCUUCCAGAAACGCAAGAAGUCGUCUGAACGCACUCGGGACAAGAAGCUGCGCCAGAACCGCCAGCUGCGCAAGUCCAUGCUGCCGAAGAACGCCUUGAUGGCCCUCAACGAGGUGAAGGGCGUGACCAUAAGCGACUUCACCAUCGACAGCAAUCCCGAUGGCGGAUUCACGGCCGUUGUGACAGUGAACUCAAAUCAGUAUGAGGGCAAGGGUCUCUCCAAGAUGUCCGCCAAGAAUGCGGCCUGCGAGAAGGCUUGGCGCGACUUUAUCAUCGCUAAAAUGACACCCAAGCCAUCCAGGCUGCAGCUAAAUAACGCUGAAAACGCUGCGGAGCCCAUGGAUACCAAUGAGGAUGAGGCCGACGCACCGGAGGAUGAUCUGCCAAUGCUAAAUCUGGCCUCGUUUGCCAUUUAUAAGCUGUUUGCUGAGUGGGAGCGCGAGGGGUAUGUUGUGCCCGAGAUGCAUCCGUCGGCAAAUGCUGUUCAACCGGCUGGAGGCGAAGCAGCACAGCCAGUUCCCGCGGUGCCGAAGGAGCCCAAGAAGCCGCCAGUGCGCACCGAGUUGCCCUCCGGUUGGGAGACCAUGCACCCAGCCACCAUUCUUUGCAUUAUGCGUCCGGGACUCAAUUACGUUGACUAUGGAUCCUCUGGCGAAAAGCCCAAUGUGAUGCAGGAUUUGGGAAUCGUGGUGGACAACCAGCAGUUUACCGCCAGCGGCAGAUCGAAGAAGAUCGCACGACGCAACGUUGCCGUGGAAGUGUGCAACACUCUGUUCGGAACGAACUUUGCCUUUGGCGACACUUCAUCUUAAGACAUUUAUUUCAAAACGCACCUACGCUUAACGGCCUUAUCUUUCCACAACGGCUUUUAAUGUCAAAUGCGCAACGCUUUAUAAAACGGGUUCCAAAAGAUGCGUAGCUAUUUGGCCGUUUAAAUUCGUAUUUGCAACUACGUUUUGUUAUGCGAAAUAUAACAAAUAUGUAAUUCUUUAGCGUUAGAAAAACUAAUGACUAACAACACUAGUUUACACGAGAAAAGAUCAACGCAAAGAAAAAACGUUUUUUUUAGGCUAGGAGCUGCUGAACACUCUGAACUCGGUUUUUUUUUUUUGUGGCAGUUGUUGAAUAUAUGCCAAAACCUUGAGAAAUUAGCCAAAAACUGCGUUUUUUAAAAAUCUUUUAACUCAAAUCCGUUGAGCAGAAAUGAUUUGAAAAUGUACUCUUUUUAUUUGACUUACUAGAUUUAGAAACAUUAUUUUACACCCAUUUUAAAUGGUAUCGGGUAUAAUUACCCCUAAGUUAGGACUUUUGCGAUAAGACAGCCGUUAAGUGAGGGUAUAGGUGCACUAUUAAAGACA